AUUUCCUUAUCUCUUUCUCCAGUUUAAAAGUCAUCCAAUUGCUAUUUCCCCGCAAAAACAAAAGCUUAUAUUUUCAUCGCGCACGAAAAGACAUCUUCAAUCCUUCAACGCACACAACAUUACAUACCUAGUUAGCUAGCGCACCCCUCCAUCCACUUCAACCAGCAGCACACACAUACACAACCUUUUCCUCAUCCACCUCCCUCAUACACCAGCACAAUGCCCGCCCCCAAAGCCAAACCCUCCCGCGCCAUCACCCUCGCGCACCUGAAAACGCUCCUCACGCGCGUCGGCGGCACCGUGUCGGGCACCAAACCCGCGCUCGCGGCGCGCCUGCAGCACGAGCUCGCGGCGCGCCGCCUGCGCGACGGCAGCACGCGCGUGCUCAGCGUCGACAUGGGCAUCAAGAAUAUGGCGUUUUGCGUGUGCGACGUCGAGGUUGGGGGUGGGUCCGGGAAAGGAGCAGGGUCCAGAAAGGGAGCAGGAAAUGGAGGAGGUGCAGGAGCAGGCGCAGACGACGUACGCAUCGAAGUUGUAGCAUGGAAGCGCAUAGCCGUGCUCGACACAGCGCAGACAUCCGACCCCACCACCACCGCGGCAGCGAGUCCGCUCCCGGCCGCCGAGGGCGCGGACGCGUUCGUCCCGUCCAAGAUGGCGGGCAUGGCGUAUGCGGUGCUGACGCAGCUGCUGCUGCCCUAUAAGCCCGCUACUAUUCUCAUCGAGCAGCAGCGCUAUCGCAGCCAGAACUCGGCUGCGAUUCAGGAGUGGACGUAUCGCGUUAAUAUGCUCGAGGGCAUGCUGUGGGCGGUGCUGGAGACGCUGCGGCGGGAGCAGGCGAGAGCUGCGAAAGCUGCCGCGAAAACUACAGCAGCAGCGGCAGCAGCACCGACAGCAGCAGGGGGAGAGGGAGGCAGCGCAGAAAGCGAGGCAGGCAAGCCGCGGCGUGGGCGCAAGAAGAAGGAUGCGGUGGCCGCGGAGCACGAACAAGGGCAGCAGCACGAGCAGGCCUUCCCCGCCGUCUUCGCCGUCAGCCCCUCCCGCGUCGGCACCUUUUGGAUGGACACGCCCGCAGGCCAACACGCCGCAACGACGCGUCCGCGGCGCACCCGCUCCAGCGACCCGGAAGAGGAAGAAGAAGUCAACGAAAACGACAACAACGACGACGAGGAGCCCGCAGAGCCCACCCCUCGGAAGAAGAGAGCCGCUAAAGCCAAAGGCGGCAAGAUAGAAAAACGGGACAAAAUCGCCCUCGUAGCGCACUGGCUGCAAACCCUCAGCUCACCCACAGCACUACUCUCUCAAACAACCACCCAAACCCCACCAGAAACAGCAGCGCCCCCAGCCUCAGCCCCCUUCCCCGACGCCGGCCUCACCCUCGCAUUUACGCACCAAGCGGCAGCCAUGCGCGCAGCCUUUGCGCGCAAGCAAGCCUCCUCGCGCAGACGCCCGGCGUCAGCCUCAGCGUCUACGCAGCUAGCGCCCACGCUCGCGGCCGACAGGGACGCGGCCAAGCUGGACGAUCUGGCCGACUGCUUGCUGCAGGCGGCGGCGUGGGCGCGGUGGGAGGCGAAUCGGCGGGGGAUGGUUGGGCUGGGGGAGGGAGAGCUGAGGGAUCUGGCGGAGGGGGUGUCGGGGGGUGCGGGUGCGGGUGAGGCUGCGGGUGAGGCUGCGAUGGAGGGGGAGGCUGAGGCUGUGGCUGUGGCUGUGGCUGUGGUUGGGAAGGCGACGAAGGCGAAGAAGGCGCAGAAGGGGCGGAAGGGGAAGAAGGGGGCGUGAGUGCGUACCCCAGGUAGCUACUUAGUGCUGGGUGAGGGGUGAGCGUUGCUGCUGUGGCGAAGAUCGCGACGCGACGCGACUCUCGGAAGCUACACUCGGGACUGGAUUGCAUUGGAGGGGAAAGAGCGACAGCGGCCACCGAGGCUGUGCAGCGCAGUGCCGGCUAUCCUCAUCAGCAACACCACAGCGACAUGCGCGCAGCCCGUGCAACUGCAACGCCCCCGUCCCGUCCCAUUUAAAGGAAGGAAGGAAGGCGGAAGGAAGGCAGAAAGAAGGCAGAAAGA